CAUUACAACAAACGCUCGCGAAAUUCUGCCAGGCCCAGAAUCUGGCAGCGCAGUUGGCGCGGCAGUGGAACCUCAUAAUGAAGUUCAUUAGCGACGGCGGCAGAAGAAAUUCAGAACGAGAGUAUAAAAGAACCCAGCCCCACUGACCAUUGCAGCAAAAACUCUCCCGAUUCGGUUACGCGUGCGCCUCUGGCAGCAUCGCCCCAUCUCACACAAAUCUAAAGUUAUCCUGGCGGCAGGAUAUACGUACAAACACGCAAGUGAAGUGUCACCCAAAAACAAAGUGCCUACAAAUCAAGUGACUUAAUAAACGAAAAAAAAAUAUAAUUCCGAAAGUGCUAGCCAUCGCCCGUUCCCACUUUCGACUUCCACUUGCCACUGCCGCUUCUUUUGGGCGGCGUUUUUGGGGAAACUGUUUCGGUGUCCAGAAUUGAAGGAAGCCAAAGGUUGGAGAAUUAGAAGCUGUUGUGACAUUUUUUGGCAAAGCAGAACGCAAUGGCGCCAAAGACGCCGCCAUUUUCGCAGCUCGACAAAAUGGCGACAAGGACAUCCACAUCCGCAUCCGCAUUCACAUCCAGUUGGCUCUGCCGCCUGCUGGUACUCGGCUUUUGCAUUGGCGCCGCUGCCGCUCGAGAAAUUCCAUCGCCAUUGGACCUCUCAGACGUAGCUUUUUACUGUCCUGGAGAGGGUUUGUUUGCGGAUGACUAUGAUUGCCGGAUUUAUUAUCGUUGCGAGCGGCGGUCGGGCCAAUACAUUAAACCUUACCUGCUGGCGUGUCCGGAGGAUGCGGUCUUCUCCCGCUCACUGAAAAUGUGCCUGCCGCCUGCAAUGGCCGGACGCGAUGAGUGCGUGGAUCAGGUGAACGAGGUGGAUAGCAGCAUGGAGUUGGGGAAGUGGGAACAGGAGCAGGACGUCUACGAGCAGGAUGACCGUAAUGCUGUGCUUAACAUGGCCGUCACACCUGCGGCCAAUGAGCUGCGCUCCUACGCAUCGGCACAUCGUCUGCCCUCGAAUUAUGGCCUGGCAGGACUCAGUGGCGUCUCUGUCAUAUCCUUCUCCAGCUCCCCGUUUCUGAGAGCUGCGGACGCUGGGGAGGAGGAGGGGGCGAUAAUUUGCCGAGAUGAUGGCUUCAUGAGCGAUCCCAGCGACUGCACCGUGUUUUAUCGUUGCAUCUCGAAUGGACGGGGCUAUAACAAAAUCGGCUUCCGCUGCUCGGACGGCACGGCGUGGGACGAAUCCUUGCAGUCCUGCAACCACAUGUUUGACGUACGUGCCAACGGUGGCUGCCGCAAUCAGGCGGAGCCCCAGAACGACGGUUAUUAUGCCGGCCAAACGUCAACACAGUCGUCGCAAUCCAGUUUCCAGAACUCAACCUCCAGCAGCCAGCAGAGCUCGUCGACCAGUUCCUCCAACUCCUCCCAGAGCUCCAGCUCCACAUCCAGCUCCAACUCAAGCUCCAGCUCCAGCCAGGAAUCCUCCACAUCCAGUAGUAAUCAACAGUCCAGUUCCACGUCCAGCAGCAAUCAUGAAUCCAACUCUGGUUCCAGUAGCAAUCAAGAGUCCAGCACCAACUCCAGCAACAAUCAAGGAUCGAACAAUAGCGGCAGUCAAUCUUCUAGUGGUAACCAGAACCAAAGCUCUGGCGGCAGCCAAAGCUCCGGAAGCAGUCAGUCCUCUAGUAGCAACCAAAACCAAAGCUCGCAGGGUUCUGGCAGCAAUCAAAGCUCCAGCAGCAACCAGUCCUCGAAUAAUAAUCAAAAUACCGGCAGCAAUCAAAGCUCCAGCAGCAAUCAGGCAUCCAGCAACAAUCAAUCCUCUAGCAGCAAUCAGACUUCCAGUAAUAACCAAUCCUCCAACAACCAAAGCUCGACUGGCAAUCAAUCCUCAAGUGCAUCUAACAACCAGACCGUGCCCACAAAAUGCGAAGACGAAAACACCUACAUUCCCGACCAGAAAGACUGCGCGAAAUUCUACAGAUGUCGACUGGAUAAGGACGGUAACUUGGAGCAAGUGCCUUUCACUUGCGGGCCAGGGACUGUGUGGAACCAAGUAGAUAAAGUAUGCGAUCUGCCCACUGACGACCAAAAGAAGCAAUGCAAUAUACAGUCUGGCUCAUCCAGUGGCGGUAGCAACUCUGGAAGCUCCUCCAGCAGCAGCAAUCAAUCUUCUGGCAAUCAGGGAUCAUCUAGCAAUCAGUCCUCAAGCAGCCAAGGAUCAUCUAGCAAUCAGUCCUCAAGCUCUAACAAUCAAGGCUCAUCUAGCAAUCAGUCUUCCAGCAACCAAGGCUCGUCAAGCAAUCAGUCUUCUAGUAACCAAGGAUCAUCAAGCAGUCAAGGAUCUUCCAGCAACCAAGGCUCAUCUGGCAGUCAGUCAUCCAAUCAAAGCAACAAUCAAGGCUCAUCCAGCAACCAAUCUUCUAAUCAAGGCUCAUCGUCAUCCUCUAACAACCAGCAGAGUUCAUCGUCCAGCAAUCAGAGCUCUUCUUCCAACAAUCAGAGCUCUUCCACCAGCACCGAAUCUUCCACCAAUAGCUCAAGCACCCAGUCAACGACAUCCAAGCCAUCCAACCCCGAUGGCGAAUGUCAGGACACGGAAACAUAUUUAGCCGACAAGAAAGACUGUGCUCGAUUCUACCGAUGUGUGGAAAAUGGAAAUGGUGGCUUCGAGAAGGUACCCUUCGACUGCUCUCCAGGAACCGUUUGGGAUCCAGACACGAAGGGCUGCAACCAUCCCACUGAUGUCCAAAAGGAACAAUGCAAAGCCAUGGCAAGCGGAAGCGGCAGUUCAUCCAAUCAGGGAUCCUCAUCAAAUCAAGGAUCAUCUUCAAACCAAGGAUCUUCCUCGAACCAAGGAUCGUCCUCCAAUCAGGGAUCUUCCUCCAACCAAGGAUCGUCCUCCAAUCAGGGAUCGUCAUCUAACCAGGGAUCAUCUUCCAACCAGGGAUCUUCAUCUAACCAGGGAUCUUCAUCUAACCAAGGAUCAUCCUCGAACCAGGGGUCAUCUUCCAAUCAGGGAUCUUCUUCGAACCAGGGAUCAUCUUCUAACCAGGGUUCAUCUUCCAACCAGGGAUCUUCCUCCAACCAAGGAUCAUCUUCGAACCAGGGAUCAUCUUCUAACCAGGGAUCAUCUUCCAAUCAGGGAUCUUCUUCGAACCAGGGUUCAUCUUCCAACCAGGGAUCUUCAUCCAACCAAGGAUCAUCUUCCAAUCAAGAAUCUUCAUCCAACCAAGGAUCUUCAUCCAACCAAGGAUCAUCUUCGAACCAGGGUUCAUCUUCCAACCAGGGAUCUUCAUCCAACCAAGGAUCAUCCUCGAACCAGGGCUCCUCUUCCAACCAGGGAUCAUCUUCAAACCAAGGAUCCUCAACCAAUCAGGGAUCAUCCUCCAGCCAAGAAUCGUCUUCCAAUCAAAGUUCAUCAUCUCAGCAGUCUUCGUCUUCAAACCAGUCAUCCUCCUCAUCCACUGAAGGAUCAACUUCAUCUACUACCCAGAAACCUUUUAAACCUGCGGAAAAAUGUGAGAGCGAAGAAACAUUCCUUGCAGACAACGAGAAUUGCUCAAAGUUCUAUCGGUGCGUGGACAACGGUAAGGGCGGAUUCUCAAUGGUCUCCUUCACCUGCCCACCGAACACGUUGUGGGAUCCAGAAGCCAACAGCUGCAACCAUCCAGAUCAGAUCCAGACGAAGCCACUUAAGUGCAAAAAAGUUGUCAAUCAGGGCGGAUCUUCAUCCAGCAACAGCACUUCUAGUUCAAAUAGUUCCUCGAAUAGUGGAUCAUCUUCCUCGAAUAGUGGAUCAUCGUCCUCGAAUAGCGGUUCAUCCUCAAGCAGUGGCUCAUCUAACCAAGGAUCCUCCUCCAACAGUGGCUCUGCAUCCAGUGGCAACUCCUCAAGCGGUGGAUCCUCCUCUUCAUCAUCCUCGUCCUCAUCUUCUAGCAACAAUAACAAUCAGGGUUCUUCGACGACAUCUUCUAGUUCAUCCUCGUCUAGCGGUAGCUCGAAUCAGGGAUCCUCAUCAACCAGCAGCGGCAGUUCAUCCUCGACUUCUUCGAAUACGCCAACCAACUCGAAUCCUUCUGAAAGCUGUUCCUUUAACGGACAGUUCAUUGGGGAUCGGAACGUUUGCGCCAGAUUCUAUCGGUGCGUGGAUAAUGACAGAGGUGGCUUCAAUAUGGUGGCAUUUAACUGCGGUCCCGGUACUGUGUGGGAUGCCCAAACUCAAGCUUGUAACCAUCCUUGGGCUGUGAAGGAGUGUGGCGGUACUGCGCCUGUUACGCCUGCAACUUCCACAGCAAGACCAACAUCCACGCCAACCACAUCUGGGCCGCAACAGACACCCUCUACUUCAAGGCCCUCAGGUUCAUCUACAACUCCUCGACCUACUUCCAGGCCCACAACAUCCUCGCCUUCCUCAACCAGUCAGCCCACAUCUAAUCCGGUUACCCAAUCCCCCAACACCAAUGGUCAAUGCACAUCAGAGGGCUUUAUGGCCGAUCCGAAAAAUUGCAAUAAGUUCUACCGUUGCGUUAGUAACAACAAGGGAGGAUUUACCGCCAUCCCCUUCCAAUGUGGAGCGGGCACCGUUUGGGACCAGGACUUGCAAACAUGCAACCACAAUUUCAACAAUUGCAACACUAGCGAAGGAACCACGCAGAAGCCGCCUUGUGAGCCAACCAACAACGGAACAACCACGACUGCUGAACCAGUAACUUCCACGACAUCUAACCCAACCACAACUGCUGAACCCGUAACGUCCACGACAUCUAACCCAACCACAACUGUCACUCAACAGAGCACCACUACUGAUUUGCCAGAUGUCCCUUCAACCACUUUACCACCCACAACCACCACAGAUAUGCCAAUCACCACCACAACUGUAGUGCCUCCCAGCACCACAGAUAUGCCGAUCACCACCACUACAUUGAUUUCUUCGACAACAACCCCGGGGAAUCCUGAGCAAGAAACCACAACAUCACCUGUGACAACCACAAUGAAGCCACUGCCAGCGGGUACGGAAUGCACGGGUGAGGGUUACAUGGCAGAUCCCGAAGAUUGCCGCAAAUACUAUCGCUGCAUAAGUGUCGGAUCCUCCUACCGAAAGUACAACUUUACAUGUCCCAAGGGCACUGGAUGGAAUGAAGAUGUUCAGACCUGUGACUACAUGGAAAACAUACCCAGGUGCUCCAAUCUUUCGACUGAAGCGCCAGAGACGACCACCCCGGCUGAAGAAGGGAAGGAUCCGGGCACCACAACACCGCAGCCUGAAGGACCUCCCACCAAGCCUACAACUACUAGGGAGCCUUCAACAGAAACACCGACAACCCAGCAGCCUGUAACAGAUAAGCCCACUGAGAAGCCCACCAUGAAACCCACGACUACAGAAGAGCCCAUAACUAAGCCGCCAACGAAACCCACCGAGAAACCCACGAUGAAGCCGACAACAACAGAAGAACCCAUAACUAAGCCGCCAACGAAGCCCACCGAGAAACCCACGAUGAAACCGACAACUACAGAAGAGCCUAUAACUAAGCCGCCAACAAAGCCCACGGAGAAACCGACCACAACAGAAGAGCCCUCGACUGGCACGCCUGGCUACAGUCCCACAACAACGAACAUGCCGGGAUACCCACCUACCACCACGGCCGAGCCUAGUACGGAACCACCUACUACUACCAACGAACCACCCACAACAACAACCCAACAAAGCUCCGAAACUACCACAACUGAGGGCCCAACUACAACGAAUCAACCCGAGCCACAGCCUAACUAUAACUGCACCUCAGAAGGCUUCUUCCCCGAUCCUGAAGACUGCAGCCGGUACUACCGGUGCGUGGAUGCGGCCAAAAAUGGAAAGUACCAAGUAUACGCCUUCAAAUGCGGCAAAGGAACGGUCUGGGACUCAUCGACGGAGACGUGCAACCACGCAGAUCAGGUGUCGGGCAAUUGCUCCUCGGGACAGACGACUUCGCCAGGAACCACAAUAGAACCCGAAACAACGGAAAGCUCAACCACUUCUGGAAGUACUGAAGCCCCCACAACAGCUAGUACUGAAACUACGACAACUACAGAAAGUCCUGAAACAACGACUACCUCAGGAGGCUCUGACACAACCACUUCGAACGGCACUGAAACCACCACCACCGUUACUCCUGAGACAACCACCGGUGGAGCAACUGACACCACCACCAAAGCUCCAAAGCCAGAAACCACGACCACAAGUGCACCUGAAACCACGACAAAUCAACCUACUACUGAAACAACAACCACAGACAGUCCUCAACCACCGAAUCCUGACACCAACUCGACUGCCCCCUGCCCACCAACUGGCCCAGGACAGAAUGUGUUUGUCUGCCCUACCGGAUUCCGAAAGCAUCCGGAGAAAUGCGGCAUGUUCUACCAGUGCAGCGAGAGCUCGGAUAGCAACGACCUGAACAUCGUUGUCUUCCAGUGUCCCAACGGAACUGUGUACCAGGACAAGACCUGCAGCUGCGGAAAGCCCAAGCCUGAUGACAAAUGCACCAAGGAUAUGAAGAGGACAAGUCUGUUCGAACAGGAACCAAAGCUUCAGAAUGUGGUACAAAUUAGCUCCACGGCACCCCUGUGCCCGGAUGAGGGUCACUUCGCGCUGAACGAAGACGAGUGCGGACAGCUGUUCGUGAAGUGUGGUUACUCCGAGCAGACAGGACGCAUUGAGGGCCAGAUCCACCGCUGCCCUCAAGGAUUUGCCUACUGGAACGUGAGCCGUCGCUGCGAACCAGCCAGGAAGCUGCUCAACUGCACUCCAACCACCUACAACGUGGGUGGCAACGUGCCGUUGGAGUGGAUCAACAUUGGCCAUAGACGCCGCAACCUGCGCAUUUAAUUAGGAUUAAUAUAAAUAUGCUUAGUAACACGCCAUUGUUUGUUUGCUUCGCUAGCCGCUCAAGCCAGAUUAUUAAUCCAAUCGCAUCCGAGUGCAACAGCUGGCGCAGCAAACGAUCGAAUUCAAGAUUUAGCUUAGAACAUAGGGAAAUGAAAGUAUCGUAGGUCUGUCCUUAACCCUUCAACAUUUGUAGUCUUAAUGAUUCUGUUGUAUCAGAUUUAAUACAUUAAUUUAACAAAUAAACUAAACAAAUUCAGCACAGUCUGGACUCUAGAUAAUACGAAUAUGAAAGCGAUUUGGUAUUGACUUCUUGUGCUGGAGGGUUAAAUAGAAUAUUGGUGUUGGACUGAAUAUGUACUGUGCGCGCUUGAAAGGAAACCAUAUAGUUUUGGGUAGUUCUCCGACAGUGGAACAAGCACAGCCUUGACUACACACACGUAAAUGUUGUAGCUUUCAUGCAGUAAUUGUAUUUAUGUUUAUAGUUUAAACAUACGUUCUGAACGCCAUAUACAUAUAUAAUAUUAUACCUUAAACUACGCUUAAAGUUUAUAAUAAAGAAACAUAUACAAAAA